AUGACACCGCAUACUAUCCGCUGGGGUAUCAUGGCAUUCGUGCGAGACCUACUCAUCGACCCGACAACCCGCGAUGCCUCCGACGUCUCGCACCAAGUCGUCGCGGUGGCCUCGUCCUCCUCCCAGGACCGCGCGGCCAAGUUCGUCGCAGAUACCGGCAUCCCCGCAGGCUGCGCCGUAUACGGUGACUACGAAUCCCUCGUGGCCGACAAGAACGUUGAUGUCAUCUAUGUGGCCACCCCGCACUCGCACCACUAUCAGAACGUAAUGCUGGCCCUACAGGCCAAAAAGAACGUCCUGUGCGAGAAGGCUUUUACCGUCAACGCCACCCAGACGAAGAUCCUGUGUGAGACCGCCAAGAAGAACAACUGCUUCCUCAUGGAGGCCGUGUGGACUCGCUACUUCCCGCUCAGUGUCCAGGUCCGCCAGCUUAUUCAAUCGGGGGAGAUUGGGGAGGUGCUUCGCGUUGUCGCGGAUACUAGCUUCGGGAAUGAUGUCGAGAAGGAUUUUGGGACUGCGCAUCGGAUGGUGAAUCCUGAUUUGGCGGGUGGUGCUCUACUGGACUGUAGGUUUUGUUGCUGGUUUGUGUUUCUUGGGGUUAUAGAUCUAACGGGUUGCACAGUGGGCAUCUAUUCUCUCACCUGGGUCUUCCAAACCCUCUAUCACACUCUUCCGCGCGACCAGCGAAAGGCUCCCACCGUCACCGCACAAAUGACGCCCUAUCACCUCACCGGAGCGGAUGAAUGCACGACCAUGCUGCUGAGCUUCCCGACCACCACCCCCAGCAAUAACACCCAGCCGCAGCACUCGCAGGGCAUCGCCAUGACCAACAUCCGUGUGGCUACCGAUCCAGAUGACAAGGGCAGCGCCGGUCCUGCCAUUCGAAUCCAAGGUGUCAAGGGCGAGAUCCAGGUCUUUGGACCCGCCUUCCGUCCCUCGACGUACCGGGUUAUUCCCAAGCAAGGCCACGGCGUGGUCCGUACCGUCGAGUGCGAGUUCCCUGGCAAAGGCCAUGGUAUGUACUGGGAGGCGGAUGAGGUCGCUCGCUGUUUGCGGGAUGGUAAGCUUGAGAGUGAGGGCUUGCCCUGGGAGGAGAGCAUUGUGAUAAUGGAGGUCAUGGAUGAGGUCCGUCGACAGGGUGGGUUGAUGUAUCCUCAGAAGAUUGAGUCGACCGAGUUCCCUCUGGCUCUGUAA